AACACACCAUAGCACUGAACUCCACAGCAGUGAAGGCCACAGAUCUGCUUCAUUACAUAUCAGGAGGACGGAACCUUCAGUAUCGAGCACUGGAGCGAUACGGACUGUUUUUGCAGACGCACCGCUAAGCUCAGGAGAAUUUAUACAGUUUAGGAUGGCUCAAGCUGACAGCAGGGCUCUGGCUUUGGGAGUUCUGGCAGGGGCUGCUGGGAUCAGCUUUGCGAUCGUCUGCUUCCGGAAAGUUGGAGCAGGUGGUGGCAGAGUCCUACCCCUGAGCAGCAAUGCAGAUCACACGGGAGGCAGUCUGGGUCUGCAGACGGGCCAGGCAGAAGUGCUGGAUCGGCUGGGUGCUCUGAUCCAUUGUGUGUCUGAACUCAAAGAGGAGGUAAAAGCACUGAAGGAUGCACUUCCACACCUACAGGACAAUGUCAGAGAUCAACUGAGGGGCCGAAGCAGGGAAGAAAUUGCUGCUCGCAAGGCAAGUCCACUUCAUCGAACUCCUGCCAGGAGAAAAAGAGCAGGUGUCCCAGCUAGAAGUGAAGGACAAAGCUCGGAAGAGGCAGAGAGUGAGGGAGGGUAUAUAACUGCACUGACAGAUUCUGAGGAAGAGGAAAGUGAUGAUGAACGAAAGCCACUGCAGGAACCAGUGGAUGAACUCAUGGCUCUGCUGCAGAAAGCAGACCAACUGCACAGCUGUAAUGGCGCAGAGAAAGCACAAGGCCUGAAUGCUUUGCUGGAGAGGAAAGAAGAGUUUGAUCAGAAGUGGCAGUACCUUUGGCGGUUGUCCAGAGCCUAUGCAGAUGCACAUGAUUUUGCCAUGGACCUUGCAGAGAAGAAGAGCUACGCUGAAAACGGAAAGAAAGUUGGUGAAGAGGCAAUAUCCAUCAAUCCACUGUGUGCAGAAGGUCAUCAGUGGUAUGCUAUACUUUGUGGACUCCUGACAGAAUAUGAAUCUAUUCAGAAUAAAAUUAAAAAUGGCUACCUUUUUAAGGAUCAUCUGCAUAAAGCGAUUGAUUUGAAACCUGAAGAUCCUUUGUCGUAUUACCUGCUGGGCCGCUGGUGUUAUGCUGUGUCACAAUGUACGUGGAUUGAGAGGAAAAUUGCUGCUACUCUGUUUGGAGAGCCACCCAGUGCCACAGUCCAGGACGCCCUGCAGAACUUCCUCAAGGCAGAAGAGAUCACUCCCAAGUACUCAAAAUUCAACUAUGUGUUUUUAGCCAAGUGUUACAAAGACUUGGGUCAGAGGAGUCAAGCCCGACAGAUGUGUGACGCUGCCUCUGCAAUGAGCAUUGUGACUAAAGAGGACGAGGAGGCACAGAAGGAAUUGGACUCUCUUGUGGCAUCACUUUAAUAAGUCUCCAACAAAAGGGAACAAAGGCUCUCUGUCUUUGGGUUCCUUCUCUUUAGACUCAACAGUGACUGGACUGUAGCUGUUUACCCACAAACCAACAUAUGAACUACUAAUGUUGGCCAGGCCACGUGAUUUAUUGUGCCUCCAUUAAAGUGCACAAAAUACUGUGUUUUACAGGAUAAUUUUUUUUUUUUUUUUUUUUUUACCUUUUUUCCCCCCAGGAAUAUUUUAGACAUUAACAGUAGUAGUAGCAAUACACAACAUAGCUGUCACCUAUUGACAAUGCCAUGACUAUCAGUGGCUGCUGUUAGAAUGAAUUUCACAUUAAUGAUAUCUUCAAAUAUCUUCAAACCCACAACUUGAAAGAUGUCAUCUUUUAUAUUUUGUAAAAAAAAAAAAAAAAAAGAAAAAAAAAAAGGCUAAGAUAAAAAUGUUUAUAAUUACAGUAUUUUGUGGAUUAUUUGGGUGAAGUGACAGCUGCAGCUUGCAACAUAUUCUGACCAAAGACCACAGGAAAGAUCUAUCUGACCAGAAUUAAAAGCGUCCAGUUACUUUUGCUUUAAUGUGCCUUUUAGGGGCAUGUUUUUGUAAUCUGAAUUUCUGUCCUUCCAAAAUUAUUACAUUGUAGCUACAGAUUAUUUCAUAAAACAGCAUGGCUAUGAAGUUAUAUUUGUGAAAAUCUAGUUUACCUGUCUGAAACAAAACCUUUGAAUAUCUUUCGAAGAACUUUGGCACAUUCAAAAUGUGUCUGAAAAGCUGCUGAUAUUAGACUAUGAGCAUGUAAAACUGAAAUUCUAUCAUACUGUAUAUAUUAAACUUUUAUAGCAUGUUUCUCCCUCUAGAAAUGCAGUCUUUUUUUUCUUUCUUUUUUUUUUCUUUUUUUUUUUUUUUUGUUAUGGAUACCCGAACAGUUCAAUCUGGAUUUAAUCACUUAUCUCUUUGUGGAAUCUGGUGGUAUUCUUUGUUUUUAGUAAGCAGAUAACUUGGAUGGCUUGUGUACAUUUGAAUUUAUAUACUUUUUUUUUGACCAAAGAUAAUUGUACAUCUGAGAAAUUAUGGGGACCAUGCAAGUGGAAGAUAAUUUUUCCUAUUAUGUAAAUGCUAAUAAUUGUUUUAAUAUAAUUUAAUAUAAUUUUGUAGUGUUGAAAUGAUCCAGCAUUAAGAAUGUAAUAAUUGUUUGUAUGUUUACAUGAUUGCACUUGCUCUAUAUGGUAAAUUUUACAUUGUUUGGUUAUCUGUAAAGAACAUUGAUACUGUAACCGGGCAUAAGAAGAUCAUCACUUCAUCGCUGCUGCUCAGUACAAUAUACAAUAAGGUGAAUUCA